GAGUGGGAGGCUGGACUGGAGAUCACGAAGGGACACGGAAAUAAGCACUGUUUGACGCGACUUUUCCGUUCACUUGGAACGUUUAUAUAUAUAUAUAUAUAUAUAUGUAAAAAAAUAAAAAAUAAAUUAAAAGGAAUAUGGAAGGAAAAAGCGGAUACCUCUUAUUCACGCGCACCGCAGUGGUUUACGGUUUAUUCCUCAUCAACCCGGUGUUAAGUGAUGACUGGACUCAUGCCCAUGCAGAGGACAAGUUGUUCAACAGGCUGUUCAUUGGCUAUAACAAGUGGUCCCGCCCCGUACAAAACAUCAGCGACAUUGUCAUCGUCAAGUUUGGUCUGUCCAUCGCACAGCUCAUAGACGUGGAUGAGAAGAACCAGAUGAUGACCACCAACGUGUGGCUGAAACAGGAGUGGAGUGACUAUAAACUGCGGUGGCGUCCAUCUGACUACGACAACGUAACGUCCAUUAGAGUACCUUCUGAACUGAUCUGGGUACCUGACAUCGUCCUCUAUAACAAUGCGGAUGGUGAGUUUUCAGUGACCCAUAUGACCAAGGCUCAUCUGUUCCAUAGUGGUCAUGUGCGCUGGGUUCCCCCGGCCAUCUAUAAGUCCUCCUGCUCUAUAGACGUCACCUUCUUCCCCUUCGAUCAGCAGAAUUGUAAAAUGAAGUUUGGCUCCUGGACCUACGACAGAGCUAAAAUAGAUCUAGAGCCUAUAGGGGAUACUGUGGAUCUGAAGGACUACUGGGAGAGUGGUGAAUGGGCUAUAGUGAACGCAGUGGGAACCUACAACACUAAGAAGUACGACUGUUGCCAUGAGAUCUACCCUGAUAUAACCUACUAUUUCAUGAUCAGACGCCUGCCUCUAUUCUACACUGUCAAUCUUAUUAUCCCUUGUCUCCUCAUCUCCUGUCUCACCGUCCUGGUGUUCUAUCUGCCUUCUGAUUGUGGAGAGAAGAUCACCCUGUGUAUCUCUGUCUUACUUUCUCUCACCGUCUUCCUGCUGCUCAUCACUGAGAUCAUCCCCUCCACCUCGCUGGUGAUUCCUCUCAUUGGGGAAUAUCUCCUUUUCACCAUGAUCUUUGUCACUCUGUCUAUUGUUAUAACGGUGUUUGUCCUGAACGUCCAUCAUCGUUCCUCUGCUACUCACACCAUGCCUCGCUGGGUUCGGACACUGUUCCUGUCUGUCAUUCCCCGGUGGCUCUGCAUGAAACGACCCCCACCUGAUCUCAGGAGGAGGGGCUUAGUCUGCAAACUCCACCCCUUCGGAACCUUCAGAAUGCCUGGCCCCUCUCGCUCUUCGUCGCAUUCCACAGCUCACACCUGGCUCAUGCGGGAGUCCGAUGUUGAUCUCCAUGGUAACGAGGACGAGGAUGUGAUUCGCCGUGGUUACUUGGAUACGGAGAUGGACGCGGGGUUAGGGGUGGGGCUGAGGCUUCCCCCAUCCUUCUCCUUUCCCCCUCCCUCUCCCCGCCUGCCCGUCUACACCCCCCUCAUCCCCAAGACUCACACCACCCAGCGGCCCCCCAAUCUGAGUCUGACCCCCGACUGGGAUUACAAUCCCCCAGGUCCUGAUGUUGGUAUGGCCCCAGCUCCAGCCCUGUCUCCUGCAGUGUUGCGAGCCCUGGAGGGGGUGAUGUACAUCGCUGAACACCUCAGAGCCGAGGACCAAGACUUCUCUGUGAAGGAGGACUGGAAGUACGUUGCCAUGGUGAUAGAUCGUAUCUUCCUUUGGAUGUUCAUCAUCGUGUGUCUCCUGGGAACCAUCGGAUUGUUCUUACCACCCUGGCUGGCCGGCAUGAUCUAGAACCCUGUGUGUGUGUGUGUAAUAAUAUGAAUAAUUAUUAUUAUUAUUUGGUGGGUGCUUAUAUUUGUCCUAUUUCACACAUGUACAAGUGUGUUUUUGUGUGUGUGUGUGUGUACCUUAGGGCUCGUCCUUCUGCUAUGGCUCUCUCCGGAAUGAUCUAGAAGAGUUCUAGAACUGUUCCUUACUCCAGGCAUUCUAGAACUUUAUCCUUCUCCUUUCUACAAUCUAGUGUCAACGUUAACAAUGUUGAGGACCUGGACCCAGGACUCUCCAGCCAAGUCACAACUUCAAGAAGCAUCCUACCUGCUCCCACCCCCCUGUCCCCCCCAACCUUAAAGAUGAUAAAGAUUUACCUAUUUAACAACUAAGACUUAUUGGUGAAUAAAAAUAAAACAUCUGUCUUUGUAUGGACAUUAAAUAUUCAAUGUAUAGAUAGGUCUGCCGAUGAAUAGUAGAG